AUGGACCGCAUCCUGCAGGAAUACGUGUGCUCAUUUCGCGUGCGCGAACUGCACCAGUGCCUGGACGCCCUAGGCCUGAAGAAGCACGGCCUGAAGGUUGAGCUGCAGCAGCGGCUGCUCGAUCUGAUCCAGAAGCGCGGCAGCAUGGCAAGGCACGGAGAUCCUGCUGGCCGUGUAAUAACUGAAGUUUACUGCGGAAUGAGAGGACUGAAACGCCUGCCUGGGUCCGUUGGAUGCAACGGAGCCGAGGACCAGAUGGAAAAAGAGGUUGCCCAGACACUGAUGUCCAUGCCAGAUGUCAGGAUGGAUGUGCCCUCUGGGUCAAGGAUGGGGCAUCAGAUCCAUACGCUGCAAAGGAAUCCAUACACCUUGUCGUUCGGGACCAAUGGACGCAACUUAAGGACCCCACAAGUGCAAUGUUUUUGCACCAGCACCAUGCAUAGGGAUGGGCGGAUGGUGAAGUGCGUGGGUGAGGGAUGUAGUGUCUGGCAACAUGCAGACUGUGCCUUGCGUCCUGGUCCCAUUCCCGAAAAUUUUCUCUGCCCACGGUGUCGGUGCUCCAGGGCAGACCCUUUCUGGGAGGACACUGGAAGCGAUCUUGUGCCUCCAACAAAGUUGAAGUACACAGGCAGGAAUGCACAGGCAAAUGGCGUUGUGCACGAAGUGUUCUUAGCUGAGAAAGUUUUCUUCAUCAAGUCAGCGGAAAUAAUGGACAGGGUGCGACACAACAAGGACUAUCACUUGCAGGUCGUCUGUGUCCUCCUCAACGACGAGAUUCCUUAUCGAUAUCAUUGGCCAAGAAAUUGCACCCUCAAAGUGAACAACAUGCAGUACAGGGUAUAUGGCAGGAGCCCCAAUAACUGCCUUGGAAACAAUCAACGAGAUGAACCCGCCAACGUCGGCAUGCUCUGCAGGACGGGUAGAAACUCUGUGUCAAUUACCUGCACGGAUCCCAGACCCUUCUGCUUCUAUGUCCAGAUCGUCCAGAAGCGAAGCAGGGAGCAGGUGGAGGCCAUGAUGCAGGACAGUGAGAGUUUGGAGCAGGCACAUGCGCGUGUGGUGCGCCAGGUCAAGCAGGGCUCUGUGGAGGACGACGACAACCUGGUGCUCAUGAGCGCAGUCGUUGUGUCUCUCAAGUGCCCCCUGUCAGCGAUGCGGAUCGCCACGCCAGCCAGGUUCAGCAACGUGGGCCAGGUGGAGGCAGUGUUUGACCUGGACAGCUUCUUGAGUGUGGCAGAGCGCACACGCAAAUGGGCCUGCCCACAGACCAUGCGGGGCUCCUGCGUGCAGGCCCUGCAGCGGGACGUGUACUUGGACCGGGUUCUUCAGUGCCUGGCACUGGCACCUGACGUGUCAGAGGUGGAGGUGUCCCCAGAGGGCAGGUGGAGGCCUGCAGCCAGCAGCGAGCGCUGGCGAAGUAUUUUUGAGGAUGUUGAGGAUGCUGCAGUGGUGACAGCUGCAGCUGCUAAGGAAGAGGAGCCCUACUGGGAAGAAAGUGAGGACGAAAUGGAGGAGCUGCAGCGCGCUGCUGAGGCUGUGAGGGCCUCGAUGAGGAAAGACGAUCCCCAGAACGGCGCGGAGGUCAUAGACCUGCUAUCGGACUCUGAAGAUGAGUGUGCAUCUGGCCGAGGAGCAGCACAGCAGGCUUCGUUCAGCAAUGCAAUGGCAGCGCAUCUGGACAGUAUUGUGGCACACAAGAUGUCCAUGGACAGGUUGGCGUCCAACUCGCACGCUGGUCCGAGGUUUGGGAUGCCCCACCCCACCGCUCCCAUGAGGAUACAAAUACCACAAAGGGGGACAGGAUCAAGCCGUGGAGAGGUGCACCAAAGCCAUUCCCAACAGCAGCACCAACAGCAAAUGGCGCUCGGCUUCGGGCCAG